AGUCUCUGUGAAUACAAUUUUGGAUUUCAGAAGGCUUCAAAAAUUUAAGAUUUCAUUUGCAGAUUAAACGUUGAAACCCUCAAAUUUUAUUUCGGGUCAGAGAAUCGAUUUAGCCAUGGUUUCCGAUAAGAAAAACCCGUCGCCCUCGUCUUCAAGAAAGCUAAACUCUCCCCCGGCAGAAGAAACCACGCCACUUAUAGACAACACGAAGCCGCUAUCGUCACAUCCCAAGACCUUGGCCAAUGUUUUUAUAGCCAUUGUCGGCGCCGGGGUUUUGGGUAUGCCUUACGCUUUUAAGAGGACCGGGUGGAUCAUGGGGUUGCUCAUUCUUUCCUUCAUUGCCGCCUCCACCACCUACUGUAUGACGCUUUUGGUUCAAAUCCGCCGUAAGCUCGACUCGUACGAAAAUGGCACAACCAAUAUUUCUUCUUUUGGCGAUCUGGGAUUCGCUGUUUGUGGCACACUUGGCAGGUUUGUUGUUGAUGUGCUCAUUACUCUCUCUCAAGCUGGAUUUUGUAUUGGAUAUCUUAUAUUUAUUGCCAACACUCUGCUCCAUCUUUUUCACGAUGAACCAUCCUCGGAUUUGGGUCUAAGUUCCGGGAUGUCCCGUUUUACGGUGAAGAGUUUGUAUAUAUGGGGAUGUUUCCCAUUUCAGUUGGGGUUGAACUCAAUCAAAACAUUGACACAUUUAGCUCCAUUAAGCAUUUUUGCUGAUGUUGUGGAUAUCGGGGCAAUGGGAGUGGUUAUGUUGGAGGAUUUGAGACUCAUUAUGCGCCGAAGGCGUGAAGUUAAGGCUUUUGGUGGUGUCUCUGUGUUCUUUUAUGGCAUGGGUGUGGCUCUUUUUGGAUAUGAAGGGAUUGCUAUGGUUUUGCCUAUAGAAUCUGAGAUGAAAGACAAUGCAAAGUUUAACAAAAUAUUGGCACUUAGCAUGGGGUUGACCACUUUGAUGUAUGGAGCAUUUGGAGCUUUGGGUUAUUUUGCUUUUGGUGAUAAAACCAAAGAUAUCAUCACUUCUAACUUGGGGACUGGCUGGAUUAGCAGUUUGGUUCAACUAGGCCUUUGCAUCAACUUAUUUUUCACUUUCCCCUUGAUGAUGAAUCCGGUUUACGAGAUCGUCGAGAGGCGGUUUUCGGGAGGGAGGUACUGCGUGUGGCUAAGAUGGUUAUUUGUUUUGAUUGUAAGCUUGGUAGCUUUGUUCGUCCCGAAUUUCGCGGAUUUCUUGUCCUUGGUCGGAAGCAGCGUAUGCUGCUGUUUGGGGUUCAUAUUGCCCGGUUUGUUUCAUUUGUUGGCGUUCAAGGAUGAGCAGGGAUGCAAGGGAUGCAGUUUGGAUAUUGGAAUCAUGAUCUUUGGAGUUGUUCUUGCAAUUUCAGGGACUUGGUUUUCUCUAAUGGAGAUAUUAUCUGCGAAGGAGUAGAUGUACAAUAUCGUAGUGAAGUUCCAGGGACUUGGUUUUCUCUAACGGAGAUCUUAUCCACGAAGACAUACAAAACUGUUCCUCGUUCGAACCGUAUUCAUAAAAUCCAAUAAUAUUUAUUAGGUAAGAAACUACUUCAUCAAUCAUAAAGUUGAGGAGGCCUUUGAUAUUUUACCUCAACUCAUGUUUGAAUUGUUGAUAGAUUGGUGAUAGUAAAAUGUUUCCCCAUAUGUUCUCCAUUCAGCAAUUUUUGUAUGAUAUUACAAUAAUUUUCUUUUUUCUUUCUUCUAUGUGUCAUUCCAAGGAUUACUAUGCCUUUGAAUCACUUCCCUGUCCUUUAUAUUUGUAAAUCUGCAUAGUGAUUUUGCAGCGAUUCUUAAGUUUUAGAUUGUGUUCUGAUGAUGAAAGCCACAUAUGUU